AUCCCAUGAAGAUAGUAAACAUUAGUUCAUUGGUACACAGUUUAGUAUUCGCUCCGCCAUAUGUUAUGGAUUCCACAGUGACGAUUGUUUCGUGUUACUUCCUUCAAAACUUGUACUUUAGAUUCCAGACAUUAAUCGAUUUUUGGAAUUGUCUUCCAAUAGAAUUAGUUGCUGUUCCYGGCCAAUGGACACACAUUGAAAUAGUGUUUUUGAUGGAAAAUACUCGGCUAUUGCACUCCGAACUCUGUGAAUUGUCACAACAAUUUACUCAAGGUUACGGCCUAUUGCUUUUGGGUUUCUACACAUUCAGCUUCAUUAGUAUGCUGAUCGGAGUUUAUUUUAUUGUCAACAACGACCCAUUAUCCAAUACAAAUACAAUUGAAAAAUUUCGAGUAGUGAUUCCACUCGUAGUUCACGCACAAAUGUUCACGUUCAUGGUGUCUAUUAUCAUUUCUGUUUCAUACAUAAACGAAAAGCGAAUAAUGAUGAUAUCAUAUUUACGAUUAUACCGAAUUUCAAAUUUACACUUGGACAUAAAACGUCAAAUCAGAAUGUUUAUGAAUCAAAUAUCAGCCUAUGAAUUGGAUCAAAUUUCGGCGUUUGGAUUUUUUCAUAUCAAUUUAAACCUUGUUACAUCAAUUAUUGUUUUAUUGAUAACUGGAAUAUCAACAAUGGUUCAGAUGAAAGAUCACCCAAUAAUAUUACAAUUGAACAACGACACUAAAUCAUAA